UGAAAACAUGUAUCCCCAUCUUUUUAGUGCAGCUUGAUCAUGACCUCUUCCCAUUAAGUCGAUGAAGCCACCCGAAUACACACUUCAGUUGUUCCCCUCUCUCGAAUACACAAUAUACAGUCACAAUGCAUCAUGUAACGUAUGGGUGCUUUUCACCUAUCCGCACUAUUAAGGCAGUAUGAAAUAGAAAUUAAGCAUUCAACAUAUGCUGCAAACUCUCCAUUCAGUCCUCGGCAGCGAAUGACUCCAAACAACUACUAUAAUACAAAUGACGUUUGUGUAACUCCCAUGAAUUAUAUUAUUUCGGUUUGUCUGCCUCCUCAGUACACAACGAUGGAUAUUGCCUGAUUCCUACACACAGAUCACCUGUUGUUUGUGUGUCUCACUCAUGCGACUAAUGUAAAACAAUGAUCAUGUCUAAUUCAUAAACUGAGGAAAGUAGACUUUUCUUACUUUAUGAAAAACCUCGACAUGUGCGGGGAUCGUGUAUCGAACACCCAACAAUAACAUCCCAUCAGAAACUGUGAUUUUGCCAUUAACGUGUCCACGUUAUCUAUUACAAUGCACUUUAAGUUACAACAUAUUUUGAAAGCUGAAUAUAAUGAGGCCACCUAAAAUAUCCUUUUCUUGACGAGUUGACGGAAAUGAGACUUAAUGUUUGUUUGAAUACGAAUUCUGAGCCUCCUCUACGAUUACUUGAAUGGUGAGAGACAAAGACACACAUGCAUCUCACAUAUUCACAUUGUAUGUAAGCAGCCCCCAGCUUAUAGUCGUCCAUGAAUAUUUUGACUGCGGGCAACGUCAGGUGUCCCAGCUAUACAGUCAAGCGGAAACAACUUCCUGGUUGUCAAACAUGGCGGGUGUGUGGAUACUGACUGUUACCGUGGUCACAUCGGCUUGCUUGAUACAGGUUAUCAUUUGUUCCUGUCCAACAGGAAAGUUCGGAGACUCCUGCUUCUACUCCUGUCACUGUGGGGACUCCUGUGACCAGACAACAGGAGUUUGUGGAGGUGGCUGUGAGUCUGGUUGGAUGGGAGGAAAUGGAUCUUACUGCCAGAAAGAAAACAUUGCGAAAGGAAAAUCAGCGACAACUCCUUCUGGACUCCAUUUGCCUUCGUGGUCUGCAGACAAGGUUGUAGAUGGGAACCAGGACCAGGAUUAUUUGCACUUCUCCUGCUUCCACGCUUCCCUGCUAGCACGGCCAAGUGUGUGGACAGUGGACCUGGGACAGCCGUACAGGAUACACGACGUCAGGAUAUACAACCGCCGGCAAUCUAUUGACAGACUCCAAACCGCUGUCCUCUCCCUGAGUAACUCUAGCAGCUCCACACCCGGCGUAACCUGCUACACCUUCCCCUCUGACACAGCUGAAACAGACAACAGCGUAUACGACGUGACGUGUGACGGCACAGGGAGACACUUCACCAUCACACACAGCACAGAGACACUAAAUCUGUGUGAGGUGGAAAUAUUUGUCUGCAGUCACGGAACCUUUGGCGAACUUUGCAACCAUUUCUGCCAUUGUUCUGACGGGCACUGUGACAGAUUCAGUGGGAUCUGUGCUGGUGACUGUAGACCAGGGUGGCAAGGACAAAACUGUUCUACUGCGUGUGAUAAGGACCAAUAUGGCGUCAACUGUAACGAGACAUGUGGAAAUAGGAAAUGUGCUGCUGCUCCGCCGUCAUGUGACCGGCAUACAGGGUCAUGUGACACUGGGUGCCUUCCUGGGUGGAUAGAGGUGGACUGUAAACAGGAAUGUUACCCUGGGACCUAUGGACAGAAUUGCAGCUUGCUAUGUACUGAGAGAAACUGUGCAGGAAACUCGCCCUGUGAUCAUGUGACAGGAAAAUGUGUUUCCAGAUGUAAACCAGGAUGGAUGGGCAUAGACUGUGUACAGGCCUGUGACAGCCAGCACUACGGGCCUAACUGUAUCAAGACCUGUGCCUCCAGACACUGUAUGGGGAGCUCUUCCUGUAACUCAACAGGGGGCUGUGACACCGGGUGUGAGACAGGGUGGACGCAGACGGACUGUACAGCAUCUUUACAUGUACCUCAGGAAAACAACCCAGUCGGGGGUGAGGAAACACUUAUACCUGCAGUGACAGUGACAACAAUUGUUGUCGUUGUAGUUGCAGCAGUUGUCGUGGGUGUUGUUUGCUGGAGAAGGAGACGAAGACCAUCGCUGCAGGAAUCUGACUCCAAUGAUUACUACAACACAAGUCAUCUGGCAAAGGUUCAAACAAAACAAUCACGAGACAACGACGAAACUCAACUUGAAGAACGAACAUACGAUGGCCUCAAUGUCAUGUCACGUGAAAUCCAGGGAACUGGAGAGACAUAUUGCACACUUAACACAGAGAAGCCAGAUCUGGAGGGUGGGGCAGCUGCUGAAGUGGCUGAAAUGACAGAUCGAGAUAUAUACGAGCCAACAGAACCACGAACGUAUGAAACACUUGACAGCACAUCACGUGAUAUGAUUGGUGAAUAUAGUGAACUGGGCAAGAUUGCAUAGCUCUGCUGAUGCGACCUAAUCAGUUAACUGACUCACUCAUUCACACUUCAUCUGUGACGUUUGAUAUUGCCGAUAAGGAGUUUAUCCAAGCUGAGAGAUACGAUUGAAACAGGUCCAGCAUUUCUUCCAAUUGAUUGACAUAAAGUGUGUGAACGAUAUAACCUCACAUACAUGAUUCAUUGACAUGUACACGAGACAUUCAUCUUUGUUCAUGUCGACAUGUUAUGUGUCUUUGUAUUAUUGGCACAUGAUUCCAUGUAUUUCAGCUUGACAGAAUCUUUUUACAUUGGGAUUCGUCCGACCAAAACUACACCAUUUUU